UUUAAAUUAAUGCACAGCAUUUAUACUUAUACUAAAUAACACUCGAUGAAUCAUAUUUAUAUAUUAUAUAAUAUAGUCUAUACUAUAGUAGACUAUAGUUAAAUAAUUAAAUAGUUAGUACUAAUUGAGUCAACUCAGGUCAAUUGUAACAGAGAUGUUCUAGUUAGUUAAAAGUUAAAAUAAUUACAAUAAGUAAGUUUAUAGUAAUAGUAGUUGUAAUGGCAGUGGAUUUAGUUUUAGAAUAGAGUGUAGUUGAGUAGAGUGACACAGUAAAUCUCGUUUUGUGGAAUUUAAUUAUACCUCCAAGCGUCCACUGUUAUUUUACUAAAUUUUAGCCUUUUAAAUUAUUAAUAAAUAAUUUUCAAGAUGCAAUAUUUUUUUAUUGGUGACAUAAUCAAUUUUGGCACCCUGGGUGGGGUUUCUAAAGAUUUUGGCUUGUGAGCCAAUCAAGAAACAGGCAUUUAAAAAAAAAUAUUUGGAUCAACCCUGGGGGGGCCACAAAACGGUUUGUUGACUUUUCCGUGCUAUUUUCAGUCAUCCAUGGAUGUUAAUUGGAGUAGACACUGGAACAUUGCAGACCACUAAAACAGAAAAACUGUAAAACCUUAAAUUCAGGGGAAAAGUCCUUUGAACCAGUUUGCGGCUCCCAGGGUGGGUCCAAAAGUUUUUUUUUUUUUUUAAAGUCUGGUGAACUGGUUUGCUCCAGAGCCUACUGGUUCAGCCAGUCAAAUUUUCUGGAAUUUGAUCACAUAUAGAGUGGUUUCAUUUAUAGAUGGUCUCAUAUUAUGAUUCUAAUUAAUUAAAUUAUUUAUUUAGAUUUAUGUAGAUUUCAACGCUGAAAAACAUAAUUAAAUUCCCUAAAAUGAUACUUGACUACAAGAGUGUAAACCAGGGAUGCCAAUUUAAAAAAAUUAAAUUCUUGGACACUUUAAAUCUGAGCAUCUUUUAUGGACAAGUAAAAAUUUAUCCAAAACAAAUUUUUAAAAUAAUGUAUGAAAAAAACAUCAGUAUAAUGAUGUUAUGUCUGUAGUAUCAGGGUAUGACUUUGUCAUUUAACAAUGCUGUCAUUUAACCAUGUGGCUUGAGACUAUUUUAUAACAUUUUCGACUGUAUGGGAUUCUCAUCAGUUUUGACUUGCUCCUGAUUAUUUCUUUUAAGUUUCAAGGAAGUAAGAAAAAAUCAUAAAACUUGAGAUAUCCUGUUUUUUUUUCUGUUCAAAAAUAAAUUUUGUACAAUGUUUCCCUUUUUAAAGUCAUUUAAAGAAAGUAACUUUAGCUCAUAUUUUUAAAGAAUUAAUGGAAAGUUGGCAACCCUGGUGUAGACAGUGUGUUUAGUACUAAGUACUGUUAACUUUAGUAGCUGGCCCUACCAAACUAAAGGUCUUAGUAGUGGUCCACAAAUAAAAUAAAUUUUGUACAAUGUUUCCCUUUUUAAAGUCAUUUAAAGAAAGUAACUUUAGCUCAUAUUUUUAAAUAAUUAAUGGAAAGUUGGCAACCCUGGUGUAGACAGUGUGUUUAGUACUAAGUACUGUUAACUUUAGUAGCUGGCCCUACCAAACUAAAGGUCUUUGUAGUGGUCCACAACUCUUCUACUUCUUUCAGUAAUUCUUAAUGAAAAAGAAACUUUCCUCGUUAGGUGUAAAUUUAAAUAUUCAAGCUUGGAUACUGAACUUUUUAACAAAUCGCCUACAAUAUGCCAAGGUAAAUGACCAAUUAUCUCUAACCAGAGGAAUAAGCGCUGGGGCGCCACAAGGUUGCGUUCUCUCCCCUGUACUGUAUACAAUAUGAAUAUAUACCAGUGAUAUUCAGAGCUCAAGCGACACCGUUUCAUUAGUAAAUUUUCUGAUGAUAGCACCAUCCUAGGCUUAAUAUCUGAGGGAGAAGGCUUAUACCGCAACUUAGUUGCAAGCUUUAUCAAUUGGUGCGAUGAAAAUUUUCUCCAGCUGAAUGUCUCAAAAACAAAGGGAAUGGUUGUUGAUUUCCAGAGGGGGAAACACCAGAUUGCAGAUCUCAACAUAAAAAAUGAAAGUGUAGAGAAAGAAGGGACAUAUAAGUACUUAGGUGUCACCGUUAAUAAUAAGCUAACAUGGCAUGAGCACGGCCAAAUGCUGUAUUAAAAAUUCAACCAAAGAAUUUUCUACCUUAAAAAACUGUACAAUUUCAGUGUUAACAAACAAAUCGUUAACUACAGUUCAACAAUUGGAAGCCUACUUAAUUUCAGUAUUAACUGCUGGUGUGGGAAUUCAUCGUCUAAUAUUAAACACAGAAUCAACAGACUAAUCAAGAAAGCUAGAAACGUAAGACACACUAAACAUCCUUCACUUGAAGAACUAUUUGAAGAAAGAUGUUAUUGUAAAACUUAACACAUUUUGGCUGAUACAUCCCACGCUCUUCAUCACAGAUACUUUGGAUUGGCCCUUUUUGGAUAAAUUCUUUCUCUCAGGGCGAGGAUUGAAAGAUAUAAAAAUUAUUUUGUCCCCCAAUCUGUACGAAUUUACCAGCAUGUUCCCCCAGUAGUCACAAAUCUAAAUGAGAACUAAUUAGUCCCUAAUAAGGCUAAAAGAGUUCACUAAUAGCUGUUUUUUUCACUAGUGAUAUAAUUUAAUGUAGAUGUCUUGUGUUCAAAUUGCUUUAUUUAUGUGCUAAAAAUGUACAGUGCAAUCAAAAAAACAUUUCCAUUUGUUUGGAUCAGUAAAAGAAUCUUAUCUUAUCCUAAAUAAAUAUUAUUAAUUCUUAUUUGGACAUUAUAUUGGUAUAUAGUAUAUAUUAUAUCUAUUCUCAAAUUAUGUAAUUUUUAAUUAACUUAACUGGCUCAUUUUUAUUGCUUCUGUCUUCACUUGAAUUUCUACCUACAAGCUUGUAAUAUAAUAAGAAAAAUUUAAUGAAAUUUUGAUUGUUGAACAUCUCACACCAAUAACAAGAUGACCUUUAACUGCAGGCUCGCUAUACUCUCAAACUUUUUUUGUGUGUUUUCUUCUCAGGUGCAGAAAUGAAAAGUUUACCAGACAUUUGAGAAGCAGAGUGAAUUAAAUAAGACUGAAAUUUUUGACUAACCAACAAUUUUCAAAAUGGGCUAUGAAGUUGUUGGGACAUGGAGGCAAUUUUUUCACUGGGGUCCUAUUUUAGCCUUGUCAGUCAUUUUCACAAUCAGCUGGGUAGCCAUAAGAUGUCAUGUCAUGUGGUGGCCACCUCACCUUAGCAUUGGUGGAUUCCUGAAUUUUAUUUGCUUCUUAUUUUGGGUUUCCUUAACUUUAUUUAACUAUUUUGCUGCUUGUAUACGAGGACCAGGAUUUGUCCCCAUGAAAUGGAGACCAGUAAGUAUAAUCCCCUUUAUGAUGACAAUAUAUAUAUAUAAAUUACUUUUUUUUUUUGUAUGGAUAUUAUUUCAACCAUAUUUAUAAUAUAUAAUGAAUAUAUAAUGAAUGUAUAAGGAAUGUUUUAACUUUUGAAAAAGGAAAGAAACAAAUGAAUAGUCUAGUUAAAACCGUUGGCUGUGAUUAUUUGAGUCUUAUAUUAUACAACCAUUUAAAAAAAAAAAUUUAACAUUUGAAAUGAAAUUUUUUACAAUGUAAUUUGUUUUUUGUUUGUUUUGUUUUUUUAGAAGAAUCCUGAGCACGUGAAGUAUCUUCAGUUCUGUGAAGCAUGUGAAGGUUAUAAAGCACCAAGAUCACACCACUGUAGAAAAUGUGGCAGGUGAGCAAUAAACUUGUAGCAGCUCAUUUGAUGCACAUUGUUAAGUUUGAACCCAACAUUAUUGUUGAAAGAUAUGAAUGUGUUUUGUUUUUUUUCAAAAAUCUUAUAGGUGUGUCAUGAAAAUGGACCAUCAUUGCCCAUGGAUUAACACAUGUUGUGGUCACUUCAAUCAUGGAAAUUUCUGCUGGUUUUUAUUAUUUGCUCCCAUUGGCUGCAUUCAUGCACUUACAAUAUUUGUGCCAUCUAUUUACAGAGCAUUAAAUUUUGUAAGUAUCUAAUUAUUUCUAUUUUAUAUAUUCUUUUUAUACAUGAAUAAAAUAAUAUAUCAUGAAAAUGUUGUGCUACACAAAUGUACAGUAUUAUAUAUUGCUUGUUUUUUGCUUUCCAUAAAAAUUUUAAUUAUGCUUGUUAAAGUGCUUGACACAUGGGGGAGAAAAACUGUUAUUUAUGAGUAGUAGUUUUAAAUUUUAAAAACAAUUCUUAACAAUUACCUGUUAUACUUGAAGCUAAUUAAUGGACACUAAAGAAUAAUUCAUCACUGUGUUUCCAGCAUUACUAUUACCAUUUUAGACCAAAAGAGCCCAUUGUUUACCUUGGUGUAUGGGGAUUUGUAGUCACUAUGUUUGCAGUUGGUCUGGCUAUCGGAGUGAUCAUUGCUGUUGGCAUGUUGUUCUAUAUUCAAGUGAGUCGGCUUCUUACCUGAAAUGUAUAUAGUUAAUUUAAUAACUGGCAUAGCCACUCCAUGACCUCCAAGUGUUGAGAUCUGGAAAUGAUUUCACCAAGACCAAUUUAGUGGAUUGGAUGUUAAAGGUUUAAAUAUUAAAUAUCUGAGGGGGAAGGAAACUGCGCUUUAAAUUAAAUUCCUAGAAUUUCAUUUGGUUUAUGGUUUAUUUGGUUCUUUAAAAAAAAUUAAAUGUAUUAUAUGUAAGGCGACUCAAGAUAUCCAUGGCCGUGUGUGAAUACAAAGCUGUAAUGUGUUGAUGCAAUUGUUUUUUUCUGUGAAUAAAAAUCAACCUGGCGACAUUCAAAAAUGUCUUCUUAUGUAAAAGAAAAAUAGUAAUGUUUAGUUUCUGAGAUUGUAGCCUCAUACAAUCAUACAAGUAAAUUACAAUGGAUUAAAAUUAAUGUUAACAUAUAUAUUUUCUCUGCAGAUUCGAAGUGUUUUAAAGAAUGAAACUGGUAUAGAGUCAUGGAUUAUCGACAAGGUACUGUGUUUUUAAAUGAUAAUUUGAAGGAUACUCAGAUAUAUUAAGGCUAUACAACUAUAACAUUGUCUUGAUAAUUAUUCUGAUAUUGUGAUAAUACAUCAUUGUUACUGAAGUAGCAAAAAUUCUUACAGACCUGUUUACUCUAAUGUUUUGGCGUAAAAUGUAUGAUUUUGAGGUGUAUACAUUAUAUUUACUGUACGUUUAUUUUUUACUAUUAAAGAUAAUGUAUUGAAUGAUUUUGUGAUGAUAUUGUACGAUUUUAAGAGUUUGAGGGUAAACAGGUCUGAACUUAUGUCAUGGCAACAAUUUGUUGACAGGCUCUUGACAGAGACAGAACUGAAGAUGAAGGGGACUUUAUCUACCCUUAUAACUUGGGCUGGAAGGAGAACUUGAAGCAAGUCUUUACUUUGAAGGGACGGCCAAAGUCUAAUGGCUUCCAUUGGGAUGUGGCAGAUAAAUGUCACCAGUUUACUUUAACCGUUAGUUAUUUAUUUUAUCAAACUAACAAAGCCUAACUCUGACCCUAAAACCCAGAGUCUAAUUGGAUCCAUGGGGUUCUUGCAGACUUAGGUUAUAUGUCACUCUUAUAAUGUAGUGUUAGAAGGAAAAAAACAUAAGAUAGUAACUGCAUAUUUGAACACUUUAUGAUUAGACAAGUUUAGACAGAUUAUUUUGAUGAAUAAGUUUAUAGGGUUAAUUGGUGCAGGCUUUUAUUUGAGAAUAUGGUCUAAGAGCAAUAAUAAUUUAGUAAUGUUACUUUUUUAUGUGACAAAUUGUCUUUAAAUCAAGACUUUUUCACUUAUGGUAAUAAACCAUCAGAAACGCUUUAGUAUUGCCUCCCUCUCUAUAGUCCUAAGCUGAAGAUACUUUUAGAAAAAGUCAAGCCAGAUUUGUAGAAAAAGCGCACAUUCUUUCCAGGGUCUAUUCAAGACAUUCCAGUAACAGGACAAGAAUUCAAUUUAAAAAACCCUAUUUUUUUCACUUAUCUGUAUAAUUUGUUUCAGUAUUUUUCAUUCUUGAUUGAAUUAGUCCGGUUUUUUUUUAAUUUGCUCAAUGCAGUCUUGUUAUUGGGACAGCCUUUUAAUCUGGCCAUGAUUUUUUAUGCUUUUAAGGCAAUAAUUAGAUAGAAUUUAUAUGUAAAAUUGAGUUUCAGUUUAGAUAUUGUAAAAUUAAAUGUGUAUAAAUAGACCUGAUCUUUUAAAAUUAAUUCUGGAACCACAAUUGCAGAUUGAGCAGAUAAUACAAAAAAGAGACAAAAGGGAAAGAACUCUUGAAUACAUGGUUACAGAAAAAUACAGUGGGUCUAUGUGUCCCAUAUCUAAAGGUUUUCGUACAGGCUUGUGUAUACCAUGUACUGAUGAACCUCGCCUGUCUGUGGAGAUAGGGGACAAAGUACUGGUUACGCGAUGGAAGAAGUGAGUACUUAUUUUAAGAAAAGGCCAGCAAUAAAAUUAAUUAAAUAUAUAACAAUUUAGCUAUAUCAUUCAUUACUAGUUGAGUUUUUUUUUAAAGGAUAUAUUUCUUCCAUAUCUCUUUCAAAAAUGUAUUAGUUACCACUGGGAUUGUUGAAAUGAAAAUAAAUAUAAGUAAUUUCUCUGAAAAUUCAUCUUUUUGCAAACUGCACUUAGUCAUACAUAUUUAAAUGAUAUGCUCAGUUCUGCAUAUUGUUCUUAAAGGUAUGUUUGAUUUCUUGAACUAAUGGAAGAUAUUAUUCCUCAGACGAUGGAUGUACGGCUGUAAAAUUGUCACAGAUUAUGUUGACGGUAACAAAGGUAAAUAUGAUUAUUUUCUUAUAAGUUGUAAAACUCGUAAAAUAUCAUGGGAACAUUUUGAAUACAGUCUUCUCAACCUGAUUCUCAUAGUGGCAUAAACUUCCUUUAACAUGUAUGAUUGUUAAGGACUUGAAUGUAUUUUGUGAUUGCAUGUUGUUUAGAGAUUAUUUGGGUAGAUGUUUUAUUAAAUGUUGUAUAUUUUGUGACGUAUUGCGCGAAAGCGGGUGUGACGUAGAUUAUUAUGUGUUGUGGUCUCGUGAGCAAUGGCAGUUGAAGCUGUACCUUAUUUAUGUAAUCAAGAUAUUUAAUAUGAGAAUAAUGGUUUGUGAAGUAUACAUAUAAUUAAACCCCUAGACAACGAAGCCAACAAACCUUUUAAGUAAGACCCGGUUCGUAACAAUGAUCACAACCUUGUUUUUUGUUUUGGUCAAAAAAUAAAUAUCUUUAUUACAAUUUCCCCAAUAACUGCAUCAUUAACGAGUUUUUGUCUAUGCACAGUUCAAAAAAGGUUACGCGGCUGGUUCCCCAGAAGAUGUGCCACAGAAGUUAUAGAUGAUAACAUGAAUGAUAAAAAGGAAUCCUGAGGCUACCUUCAUGCAAAUCAGAAUAUGUGAAUUUUCCAUUCCAUUUUAAACCAUGUCUCUUCCUAGACUACACAAAACAGUUUUAAAACUACAUAAAAUGUUUGAACAACCACAAACUCUUAAAAGUUCAUUGAACUCUUCCAAUUUAAAAUUAACUGUCCAACUUAACUUAUAAAUUUGCAUCAUGCAUUAAAUGCUGUCUGAUUUUCUUAACCAUUGCUUAUCAAAUUAAAAUAUGGAACUGCUUGCCAGUUUGUGUUUACAUGACAAAAUACUUUGGCUGAGACAAAUAAUGUCACCACCAAGUUCUCCAAAUUUUCACCAUUAGAACAGAUAUGUUUCACUCUCAGAUGAGGUUUUAACAAAUUUUAGAAAACUGGAGACCGCAGGAAAUUGUCAUAAAUAUAUAAUAUAUAUUCAAAUCAUGAAGCUAAAAAAUCAAACAUUGUAACACUUUAUCUUUUGUUCCACCCCAGACUUCACUGGUCAUUAAUUUAUUACACUGUUAAUUAAAAGAGUUUUAACCCAUUUAAAGUUAAUAAUGCAAAUAUGAAGAAUAUUACAAUGAAGUAAAUCAUGAAACAUGAUACAGCACUUUUUUAGUUCAUUUUUUAAUUAUUUGUCUUCAGUUUGUUAAGAUAAAAUUCUGAUUGCAUCAAAACAUUUUUUUUAUUGUCUUAAACAAAUAACUAUAAUGUACCAUCAUUUAAAUUAAUUAGGAAAAUCAAGACUUUUUAAAUACUAGAGAAAAUUCUUUUUUUAAAAUUCUCUAUUAAAAUUUUGAUUAAAAUUAACCUGUACUGAAAAAACCCCCUCAAAUAUGCAGGUAAAAUGAAUGACAAAAUAAAACAUAUUAUUAUUUGUUAAGAAGCUUCUGAUUGUGAGACUUUUUAAUGUUGUAUAAUUACAACCUUCAUUUUCAUUUUUUUCCAAAAGCUAUUUUAAUAUUUUAAGCUAUAAUUUAUAUAUUUUAAUCCUGUCAGACAACUCAUAUCAUCUUAUGACCUUUAUUAUAGAAAAAACCUUUUGACAGAAACUAUUUAUUGUGUUAUUUUAUUUGACUGUUCAGUUCAUGUGCUUUAACUUCUCAUCUAAUGCUUUUAAAUACAAAUGAGAAACAUUUGGUGUGAAAUGGUAUUGAUUUUAUUCUCUUUUGAGGUAAAGGCACCAAUUUAUCCACAUGUUAGUUCAUCAACUUAACCUCAUAUUUUAAUAAAACAACAUUUAUUAUUAUUACUACAUUGACUCAACAAUGAACCACAGACUUAGCCAACAAUUUAUUUCACACUGUUCCACCUACACUAUUAAACCACACAGGUAUACCAACCACACAGGUAUACCAACCACACAGGUAUACCAACCACAUAUUUUCCAUUUAGUUUCAACAAGCACAUACCCCCUUAUUCAUCACCAGAUUUCUUAAUUAAUUUUACCAUUAAGGGUUACAUUUUAACCAAAAAUAUAGUUAUCAAUUUAAACUCACUAUUUUUCACUUAACCCCACAAUGAAACAGCAAUUAAACACUCCAAAUGCUAUCAAAAUAAUGCCUCCAUGAUGUGUUUUUAGGAAUGCUUUCUUUACUCUUUAAAUUUCUGUACUGCUUUACUGGAAUACAAAAAAUAACUGCUAAUUAUAUCCAGUUUUUAAAUAAAAAAACUUAGCCUUAAUACUAAUCUCUUUAUCACUACAGUUUAAGGCUAAUCUCUUUAUCACUACAGUUUAAGGCUAAUCUCUUUAUCACUACAGUUUAAGGUUAAUCUCUUUAUCACUACAGUUUAAGGCUAAUCUCUUUAUCACUACAGUUUAAGGCUAAUCUCUUUAUCAUUACAGUUUAAGGCUAAUCUCUUUAUCACCGCAUUUACUGUCUGUAGGGAAGAUGAGACAUAAAGAUAUGUCAUUAAACACGUGCAAGGUUAUGAUGACUCUAAUAAUUAUUCUCAUUCUGUGACCUGGUUAGUGGAAUUAAUGUGACAUAUAUUCAUAUAUUUUUAUUUCCUUUCUUCAUGUUUUAAUAUUGACAAGUUCUGAAGCAAUGUUUCUUAAUUGUCAGUGUGUUACAAACCUAAGCAGUGCAUAUUUGAGUAUCAUACUUUUUCAGUGUUGAACUUCAAAGAAUCUUUGAAUAUUUUCUGCUGCACAAAAAUAUCUAAUCACGUUUGAUUCAUGUGGUAAACUACAGAAAUUAAAUUAGAAAUGAAAUAGUGUUUGUGGGUGUGCAUAAUUUAGUCAACUUGCUUUUGUCACAAAUAAUUUCUGCUAAAUUAGCCAAAGUUAUCUCUAAACUGAUUGCCUUCUGUUGAUUGGUUCAAAACAAUUAUUCUCCAAUCGAUCUUGAACUGCAAAAGCUAAAGAUUUUAAACUAUAAUUUCUGCAUCACUUGGUGCCUUACGUCAUGUUGUGUCCCAGGAGAAUAAAUGUCAUUAUUGAAGUAUAGAAAUAUUCUGACAUAUGAGCAGUCUUUUUUUCAUCACUUAACCAAACCAGCAACAUAUGCACCACCACCACCUCCAUGGCUUUUGCAAUCAUGUCCAUGAUUAACAUGACCAUAUUUAUCAUUGUAAAUCUUUAAACCUGCUUUGGUUAUGAGGAAUUAUGUUGUCAAAAUCCUGUGACAGAAUAAAGCAAAUAUAUUACUAUGGUACAUAUUGUGUGAAUGAGAACAAAUAAUCUAUUAGUUACAAAAUUUUUUGGCCUUCAGUUGUGGAUGUACUGAUCAAAUCAUAUAACGAGACCCACGUGACUUAAAAUUAAACAGAAAAUAGAAAGCAUUGUGAUAGGAAUCAGAAUGUUAUUUGCCUUUACCUUUAUAUUAUAUUAUGUAAAACUAACAAAAGGAUUUUUUAUAUUUUUUUAUAGCUUUGACUUUGAUCAAAAUUGUUUUGUGCUAAAGGAGACAAUUAUUGAUAUUCGUAUUAUGUAACUCUUUUAAUAAUGUUUGUUUUUUCCACCAAUAAAAUUAAUUGCUUGUGAGGUGCGCAAGGUGUCUUCUCAGCGGGUGUUGAUAGAAUCUAUUGGCUUCACAGAGGAUUAAACAUACCUUAUUGGUUUUAUUUGAACAUUGUGCUUCUUUUGCAUUAUUUAAUGAUUUCUUAUCUUUUGUUUUUAUAAAUCCUGAAAGUAGCAGCAUUUUAUUCAUGUCUUCAUUACUACAAGAACAGCUGGGGGGGGGGUGGUGCUGUGAGGUGUGUGUUUGUCAGAUUGAAUAGAAAUUGUAGAGGCCAGAAGAAAUGGGCUUUUGUGUACUAGCAUGACCUGACAGUGACAGUUUGAUUAGAAAUCGUAGAGGCCAGAAGAAAUGGGCUUUUGUGUACUAGCAUGACCUGACAGUGACAGUGUCAAAAGUAUUAAACUUGUUGAGGCACAUUUUUUUCUGCUUGUUGUUUGUAUAGAUGUAAAUGAUCUUUGUGUGCUUCUGAAAUUUGACUUGUUGAUUUAAUGUCAUUGUUCAAUUUAAUUAAAAUAUAAUGCUUAAAAUGUUAUUUGUUAAUUCACUAUAUUAAAG